AUGGACGACUUCUUAGGCAGAGAUGUUCGCGAGGACAAGUCCUCUGCAUGGACCUCACAUCACACAAACAGCACGCCCGAGAGGGCGCAGCGCGAGCCCCAGACCAUGCUAGGGAUAUGUCGAAUCUGCCGAGGCGAAGGUGACGAACAUGAUCCGCUAUACCACCCAUGCCGAUGCAGUGGCAGCAUCCAGCAUGUACACCAAAACUGCCUGAUGGACUGGCUAGCCCAUUCGCAGAAGAAGUAUUGCGAGCUGUGCAAAACGCCUUACCGGUUUACCAAAUACUAUGAUCCGAAAAUGCCAGACCAUGUGCCGAUUCUCGUCUUUGUAGAUCGGGUCUCACGCUACGUCCUGGAGAAUUCUCUCAAUUGGCUCAGAGGUUUCAUUGCAUGCAGCUUUUGGCUCAUUGCUCUACCCGACGUCAGGUUCCUCCGAAGCCUCACCCGCAGCCCUCAGUUGAACCAGUGCCUUAUCAACAUACUCGAAGGCCAAAUUCUCACGAUUGUGGCCAUGGUCAGUUUCAUUCUCGUCAUUCUCGUACGCGAUUACGUUGUCCAACAACAACCGGAACUCUUGAACAUCCGGGCUGGCCUUUUGGAUGCUGAACAGCCUGCACAGCCCCGAGUUGCUGUUGAGCCUGCACAACUUCCUCUGCAGGACGGGAACGAGAGCGACACGCCCGAUGAUGUGGAUCCAGGCCUCUACGAUCCACCGCCAAACGAAGAUGACACAGCACAAGGUCACAUGGGUGCAGCUGAAGGGCAUGGGGCCCAUCGUGCUGUCAAUGUCUUCGCCGACGGCGCUGAUUUUGAAGAGCCUCAGUGGGCCGAGGACACAGGCUCGAACAACCAAUCUAGUGACAGUCGCUCGAGUGGUGCAGUUGCGACCCCUGACUGCUCUCAGAGCGAGUCAAAUGCGGACUUGGAUAUCUUGGAGUACACACACGGCCGGCCAUGGAUGGCGAGUCUUGAUGAUAUGCCUCGUACCAACGACACCAACAUUGAUGCAGGGCCCUCGCGUCCAAGAUCAGUCUCUGACGGACCGCAAGUACAAGCAAACAUCAAUCCCCUUGCCAACAACACGUGGUCUUUUGAUGCAGGCUCUUCGGCUAGCCAAGACUCGGGAAGACAGCACAUCGCUCGCGCCGAUACGUCAGAUGGAGCUUACGGCGCACAGCCAAACGUCAAUGAAGUUGGCUCACACGAAGAAACGGGAAGUGAUGAAGAGGCGCAUGAAUCCCCGCUUUGGCAAGGCGCCACUCGCAAUAGCAUUGACCUCAGGCGCGAACCACCCACCCCAUCAUCUUCUCAUGCAACUGAGCCAGACACUCCGCAACCUCCGCCUGCUGCAAACCGACCGGUUAAGGACAGGGUCGCCGAUUUCAUGUGGGCGGAUAUUGACAACUCUGAUCAGGCAGCAGUUGAUGCUGUCGUCGAUCUUGAAGAUGAUCCCGAUCAUGCGCAGUGGAGGGAUAUGCCGCUAGUAGACGAAGCAGGCGCUGCAGUAGGCGACAAUGGCCACAAUUUUGACGAGCCAGAUCAUGGGCCGCAUCUCGAUUUCCGCGCUGCAGAUCGCGCUGCCGAUGCAGAUGCAGAUGAUGGCCUCGAUCCUGAAGCUAUUGAGGACAUGGAAGACUUUGAAGGCGUGAUGGAACUUCUCGGCAUGCGAGGUCCCAUCACGAAUCUUUUCCAGAAUGUCAUAUUCUGCGCAAUUCUCGUGCAAGCAGCUCUCUUUGGGUUUGUCUUCGUCCCGUUCAAUCUCGGAAGGAUAACCAUUUGGAUGCUUGCAAGGCCUGUGCGCAUAGUUCGCAUAUUUUAUGGCGUGUCCAUCGUUCUCCAGGACUUUUGCUUCCUUGCUGGGGGCUUUGUGUCAUGGGUUGUCUUCAAUCUCGUGGACAUGUUCACCAUGACUCGCAUACUGGGAGAUUCAGUCGCAGGCAAUGUUGUCGGAGGGCGUAAAAUCUCCUACACGUUCUUCGUCAAUGCUGCGUCCAGAAUCUGGGAUUUCAGCCAAGAAGCUUUUUUCGACCUCUCAGCAACAGACCAUGGCAUGCGAUACUGGUCGGCCAUCAGCCGUGAAGCACUCAUCAGCAUUCGAAAACUUGUCGUUUCCUUCACCGCCUGCUUUGUCGACAUCAUCUACGCAAUCUUCAACGACCCGACACCACUGAGGCGGCUCCUAGCAGGUCUUCGUGCUUCUCGGCUCCAAUUCUCCGCCACGAACUCUUAUGCUUACUUAUCCAACUGGAAAGAGCAUGUUGCUAACAUUGGCGCCAUUCCCCACUACGAGAUAAAGCUGUUGGACCUCAGACAUGCUACAUGGUCAACUGCGGACAUCACCUGGGCUAUCUUGGCUGGCUACUUGACGCUCUUCGGCGUGGCCGCUUUGUACCAUAAGUUCAGCACUCGCAGGGCCCGCACCACCGCGAUGGGUGACAUUGAGGCCACCAUAAUCGACGUGAUCAACCAGGCUAGUGGCAUUAUGAAGGUCAUCACUAUCAUCAGCAUCGAGAUGCUUGUAUUUCCUCUGUACUGUGGUAUGCUGCUCGACUGCGCACUGUUGCCACUAUUCAAGGAUACUUCGAUCGCCUCCCGUUGGCUGUUUACAUACCAAAGCCCGUGGACAUCGCUUUUCAUACAUUGGUUCGUGGGCACGGGCUAUAUGUUCCAUUUUGCCUUGUUUGUCUCCAUGUGCCGCAAGAUCAUGCGACCCGGCGUCUUGUACUUUAUUAGAGAUCCUGACGAUCCCGAGUUCCAUCCUGUGCGCGAUGUACUCGAAAGGAACCUCAUCAACCAACUUCGCAAGAUCAUGUUUUCGGCCCUUGUUUACGGUGGCCUGGUCAUUGUGUGCUUGGGUGGCGUGGUAUGGGGCUUGGCUGCGGCUGCGCCUGGCAUCCUGCCAAUUCACUACUCAUCGAAUGAGCCAGUUCUCGAGUUUCCGGUUGACCUACUUUUCUACAACUUUUUCAUGCCCCUCGCCUUCCGACUCUUGAAGCCAGGCAACGGCCUCCAGCUCAUGUACAAGUGGUGCUUCCGCAAAAGUGCCCGUAUACUGCGUCUUACCAACUUCAUAUUCGGGGAGCGCCGGAUCGACGAGGAAGGCGUCCUGUACAUAACUGCAGACUCGAAGCAUAGGAAUGCGUCUGUAUUGAGGAAAAUGUUUGUGGGCUUGGACUCGAGUCAGCUUCAGGUCAUUCCCAAUCCCCUCAGCCGGGUUUUGGAUGGCGUGGACACGAACCCUCCCAAGCUCAACGCGCGCGAAACUCACAUGUUGCGAGACGCCAAAGGCAUUCUUGUCAGAUCAGGUCAGCUAGUGCCUGACGGCAGAUUCGUCAAAGCGCCUGCAUCUGAUCGGGUCAAAAUCAUGAAACCAACACAAGUAUUCCUGCCUGUCGAUGAUCGGGGUAGACUUGAGGGUGGCCGACGCGUGGAGGGCCUCCAUGGCACCGCAGACUUCAAGACGGUGUAUAUCCCACCAUGGUUCAGAACGCGGAUCUUCUUGUUCAUCAUGUUCAUUUGGACAUUUGCUGCCGUUACCGGCGUGUCUUUGACCAUCAUUCCGCUGGUACUGGGACGCAUGAUGUUCAAAAUGGUCCUGCCCUCAUUCGUGCGCACAAACGACAUAUAUGCCUUCUGUAUCGAAGAUGAUGCGUUACCGCGCAUCUUAUCCUUUAACGGCACUUAUGGUCGUGACCUUGAGGUGGCUUCUACAGAUGGGCGGAAGAUUGGACAGUCUGAGGGCUCAGUGUCCGAAGAGAACGAGGUCUUGAGGCCUGGAGCCGCCGUGGCUUGA